AUGGUUAGCAUAAGCGAAAGACGUGGAACCAAUUGUACCGAUGCUGAAUGGGAUGAAUAUGUGAAGAUGGGAAAUAUUUCAUCGAAUGAGACUCCUACUGAGUGGAUGAAACAGAUUUGGGAACGUCUUACGUAUUUCAGGGAGAAUGAUCUCUUAGCUACUGAAAGCAAAAAAUAUCUUGAAGCUAGGAGAACGGAAAU